AUGCUAACCUGUGUGUUUCUGCAGGGGGUCCAGGCAGGAGUAGUGGUGGACUUCAACCACGCAGAGCGCUGUAAGGACUUUCUGUUCAUGGGCACCCCUCCAAGAGGCUACCUGGGCAGCUCCUUUAAGAAGAUCUGCCAAAGGUAUGAGGACAAACCCUGCUACGUCACGCUGUAUGACCCCCAGAAACACAUCCCCGUCUACUCUGCAUACACCUUCAAGAAGACCGACGGAGAGAAGCAGGUGGACUUCCCCUGGAUGUUUGAACCUCAGUUGGCCUCAGAGAAGAGCAGCAGCAACAUGGAGCCCUUCCCCCAAUCUAUAAACAUGCACAUGAACUUUGAGGACACCCAGGCCGUCCUGGAAGACUACUCCGACGUGGUUCAGUAUGAACGAGGACAAUUAAAUCCCAAUGAACACCAGGCGGACCCUCUAGACAAAGCCUCCACCUACAGCUUGACCAACGUUGUGCCUCAGAUUAGGGAGUUCAAUAUGGGUCCUUGGACCGAACACCAGGAUGUCAUCCGCAAACGCCUCAACAACUACUGCCGAGGAAAAGCCUUCGUGGUCAGCGGAGUCACCACCUCAGGACACACGAUCCGUCGCAACAACAUGGAUCGCGUGGCCGUUCCAGAGUACAUGUGGUCAGCGUACUGUUGCACAGAGUUCGACCAAAACGCACCGUACUUUGUGCGCUACAAGUUCCCCGUGUUUGGAGCUUACGGGCUCAACGAACGCAUCAACAACCAGAUGGUGGAGGUUCCUGUGAAGAACCUGGAGAAGUUUCUUAAAGGCAGGAUGAACGUGGAUAAGAACUUCCAGAUUUUCUACAAUGACUGUGUGCCAGAAAACUAA